CCCCAGAACUGCGCGCAAGUUUUCAACAUUACAGGGACACAAUGCCCAGUUCUAUUCAUUCCCGUGAAAGCACAGACCCGCUCGCCGUUUUGCCCCCCCUUGCUAGCAGCCUCAUCCUAUCGUUCUUGGAGCCGCGCGAGCUUGCACGCGCAUGUGCUGUGAGCGUGAGCUGGCGCGACAAAGCUUCCCGUGAUGUCGGGGCGCUCUGGAGUUCGCACUGUGAGGCACUCUGGGCCGGCAAGGUUUGGGUCGCGCCAUCCAUUCGCACUCUUGCCAGCACACGGCCGCUGGCGGCAUAUGGCCAGUCGCUAGCGGACUCGCAUCGGGACGUGCCUACGGAGGCCGAGCUCUGCGGGUUCACGUGGAACCUCGCCUUCAAGUUCAUCCCUUGGUUCUCAGCCGCCAUGGGCUCACUGACUGUGCGGCGCUACUUCCAGACCAACCACACGCUCACGGCGCCGCCCGCCGACCCGCUAUGGGGGGACUCCGAGCCGCAGAGGCACUACUGGUACUUCCGGGAGGUCGCACCGGGCGCUGCAGACGCGGCCGCGGAGAUGGGCCCUCAGGAGGGCGAGGGCGGCGCGCCUGUUGCGCCUCUCCCUGUCCCGCGGACGCUGCUGCAGGUCAACACCUACCCCCCGCUCACCUGCAGCCGCACUGCGGACUGGGGCUGGGAGCUACAGAACGCCAUGGUCCGAUUGUCCAUCGACACUGCUGCCGGCCCCAACCCGGGACUGCCACCCGGCCACCCCGCGGCGCGUGAGACCAUGACGCUGCAGGAGAUCAGGGCCCGGUUCGACGCGCUGCUGGAGCUGCAGGAUCUGGAGGACACCAGCGAGGAGGAGGAGAGCGAGGCGGGGGAGGCGGAGAGCGAGGAAAAGAGUGAGGCGGAGGAGGGGUACGAGGAAGAGGAGGACCAGGAGGAGGAGGAGCAAGAGGAGGAGCAGGAGCAGGAGGAGGAGGAGGCAAGCGAGGGGGAGGGGAGAAAGUCGCAGAGCUAGGUUUACUCGAGUUCUGGGGCGGAUAGAGGACGAGGUGGGCGGGGCGCAUGUGUGAGGGCACGUGCGAAGGGCGCUGCGUAGAGCAUUGCUGUCCGCAGCAGGCUGGCGUAAAGAACAAUCAGGGGGCAGGAGUUGCAUGGCUGCAGCGGACAGUUAAAUGGUGUAUGCGUAAUUGACGUGGGUGUCCAGCAGGUGUAGGGACCGCAAGACCAGAGUUGCUGCUUUGAUUGCACAGGCAAAUGCACUAGGGAUGCCAUGGGCAGUGACUGGCGGAGGCUAUAUGGUACUAGUAUUGGCAGCGGCGCUGCGCGCGGGGUUGUGCGCGUGUACGAUAUAGUUGCAUCAUAAGCGGGCGCGGGCAGGCAUCCCAACAGCGCUGUUGUCAAGUGGCGGUGAAAGUAUGCCGGCAUGCGCAUGGCCGUUGUAUAGUAGUUGCGCCUGGUGGGCGAGAUGCAUGGGUGGAGGCUGAACUGGUUAGCUCAUGGGAACGUUGCAAAGUCUUUGGUGUGUGGCUUGGUGUGUGGGCAUAUGGAUGAGGCCAAGGAGCCCGGCAGGCGAUGAGCUGGUAUUGUCAGGCGAUGAUGACGCGGAAUGGCGCGUACGGUUUGCGGGACGUCGCAAGGCUGGUGUCUUGAGGGGAACAGAAGGGCAGGAGGGACCGAAAAGGGGGGGACCAUCGGGCAAUGGCACGGAGGUGUGCCAUCCCUGGCAUCAUCCGUUGACCGCAGGGCCCAUUGCGCUUCAAUAUGCAUCCAUA